CCGGCUUUUUCUUCGCAGCAGCAGCAGCAGCAGCCCCGCGGCUCCCUCCGGCCAUGUCCCGCCAGUGGGAGCUGGCCAGCCGCCGCCGCCGCUCCACGCAGGACGGCUACGACUUCCCCAAAGACCUGGAGCACCGGAGUGACCCCCACCGGAGAGGCUCCCUCUGCGACCGACACUGUGUGGCCAUUAACAACAUCCACGGGGACCUGGCGGAUAUGCCUUCGGAGUCCCACCAGCUCAGCCACGGGAUCCUGCCCCCCCGGAUCCGGCCAGUGGUCUCCAGCCCAGGCUGCUGCCUGCAUCACUCUGAGGACGUUCAGACGUGCGAGGGCUGCCUGCAGAAGAUGACCCUGACGGCCGAGAACGAGGUGGAAGCCCACCGUCUCUCCAACAAUUACAAGUUCGGCUUUAAGAAAUGGAAGAGUCACGUCACGGCUCGGCCCUGGGAGGAUCGUUCGGAAAUUGUCAAGGAGCUCUACUCGGACCUGACUAUCGUCAAAAGUCCAACAGGUUCCAUGCUGACCUGUGGCAACAUCUUCUACCUUCUCUUCUUUGGAUGGUGGCUCUUCCUACUCUACACCGUGGUCUCCCUUCUGAUGUUCCUCACCUUGCUGGGGGCGCCCUACGGAAAACUGUGCUGGAAACUUGCUGGAUAUUUUCUCUGGCCAUUUGGGAAAGUCAUUCAGAAGUUGAAAACCUAUCGUCCAGAUUGCCAGAUGAAGUUCAGCAAGAACCAGGUCAUCGCGGAGGUCAUGGUGGUGAAGGACACCACCCCCUUGCUCGCCCGGCAGGAGUCGUGCAAGAUGGGUGGUUGUGGUUACUGGAGGCGCCUCAGCACCUACCUCUGGCUGCUGACCAGCUUCCCCCUCCUCGCCAUUGCCCACGCUCUGGUCUGCCUCGUCUGCUGGCUUCUGGUCUUCUUCAUCCCCACGGCCAAGAUGAGCCUGCGCACCGUCACCACGAUUUUACUCCUGCCCCCCGAGUGCGUCCACAUCCAGCGCCUGCGGAAGACGGAAGUCCCCUUAGAUGCGGAAGUGGUCCUUUGUUGUUACCGGGCGGUCUGUGCGUAUUAUUACAAAUACGCUGUGGAUGGGAUCAACGUCUUCGCCGUCAAUCUCCUCCCGUUGGUCAUCGUGACUCUGACUUUGGGCUAUGCCGAUAAGCACAACUACUACACCGGCUCCGUGACAAAGUUCACCCUGGCCUUGCUCUCCAUCAUGCCUCUCUCCUACUAUAUCGGCAUGGCGAUUGCCAGCAUCUCGGCACAGAGCAACUUCGCGGUAGGGGCCGUGGUCAACGCCACGUUUGGCUCCAUCACGGAACUCACCUUCUACAUCACGGCCCUCAUCAAGGGGGCUCGCGAGAAGAACAGGUGCUACGAGGAGAUCGUCAAGUCCGCCCUCACCGGGACCCUCCUGGGCUGCGUCCUUUUCAUCCCGGGACUCUGCAUGGUGAUUGGCGGCAUCCGACAUCAAGAGCAGAGGUUCAACAGCCGAUCGGCCGGGAUCAGCUCCGCUCUCCUGUUCCUGUCGGUGGGAGGUGUGUUUGCCCCAACUCUCUUCUCCAAAGUCUACGGAAGACUAGUCUGUGGGGAAUGCCAGAACCUUACCCAGGAACUACCCGGGCACUACGUCUGCCAGAGCUGUCACUUUGAUUUGAUGGAGAACAACGGGACUCUGUACUACAGCCAUGUCGAACCCCUGGUCUACACGGUGUCUUUGAUGCUCCCAGCCGCCUACUUCAUCGGGCUCAUCUUCACCCUGAAGACCCACUCCCACAUUUACGACAUCCACAUCAGUGACUGUCACAUGCCCGGUCACCAUCAUAGCGCUGUGGUCCACUGGUCCCGCUGGAGAGCCGUGGUCAUUCUCCUGGUGGCCACCCUAGGCAUGUCCGCCUGUGCCGACCUGGCCACCGAGCACAUUGGCCCCAUCCUGAACAACUCCCCCGUCUCUCAGUACUUCAUCGGGGUGACUGUGCUGGCCAUGGUGCCCGAGAUCCCAGAGCUGAUCAACGGAAUCCAGUUUGCCUUGCAGAACAAUCUCAGCUUGAGCAUUGAGAUCGGGAACUGCAUCGCGGUGCAAGUCUGCAUGUUACAGAUACCCAUCCUGGUGCUCUUCACCGUGUUCUACCCCACCGACUUCAUCCUGGUCUUCAGCGACCUCCACGUCUACGCCAGCAUGUUCAGUGUGGUCCUCAUGAAUUACAUCUUCAUGGAUGGCAAGUGUGAUUACUUCCAAGGUACCGUGUUGGUGAUGGUCUAUUUCAUCCUCCUGGCUGUGUAUUAUUUUGCCCCUUCUCCUGCUGGCUGCUGAGCCGACGGCUCCACUGGGCUUCCGUAUUCCUGCCUCCUGGCAUAGCAGUCGCUUCCCGCAAGCGCUUCUAUCCGAGCAAUGACUGUCUCGUAGGGAGGUGCUCGGGACAGACUUUAAUAAGUAUCCUUUUAGAUUUAUCUCCAAGGCAGCCAUUCACCUUUUCCAGCUCAUGAGCCUCUUGGGGGUCCUUCCUAUAUUGAAAAGCUGUAGGAGCUGCAGAAGACGCUGACCAACUCUUGGUGACCAACAAAGAGAGUUUCGGUGCAGUAAAGCAGCGAUGUGGAUGCCUCUGAUAGACGAGCGUGCGGGUGAUUUUCAACACGGAUUAGAGAAGUGCUGCUGUUUCACUGUAGCUACCUCCAGCUUUUGUCACGCGGCCCCCUGCUGCAGGCAAAGACAUACACACACCCCAAAGUCGAGAACCGCCCCUGAUCUUGAGACAGAGCAUGAAAUAAAGGAAGCCGAUUUUGAACGUCGUCUCCGGAGUGUGUUGGGGAUGGUAUCUUUCGUUUCGUAGCCAUCACGGGAG